UUGUUCAUUUUGUUGAUUUUGACAAUCGGUCACAUUCAGUUUUCCGUCAGGAUUAUUAACAUUCAUACGUGCAAAGCAUUGUAAUUGUAUCGAUUCACAAAGAAAACACUUAUGAAUUAUCAGAUUCGAUCCUAAUGUAAUUUAACAUUCAUAUAUCUGAUAGAUUAUUAGAAUGUGUCUAUUAUCCGAGCCGUUGUUGUUCGUACUAGCUUUAUUCGACACCGGUUCGGUACUUUUCGUUCUGGUGUAUUUCGUUAUAACUUUAUCAGAUUUAGAAUGUGACUAUUUGAAUGCUCAACAGUGUUGUUCGAAUUUAAACUCGUGGGUGGUACCAAAGCUCGUAGCACAUACAUUCUUAGAAAUCUUAUUAUUAACCCAUGGUCAAUUGAUAUUGUGCUUGGUAAAUUUGCCAAUGACUCUGUGGUUACUGUUUGAAUAUUUUGGAGUACCCAGUGGUAACAUGGGAGUUUAUGAUCCCACAGAGAUUCACAAUCGUGGGCAAUUGAAGAGGCACACAAGAGAUUGCAUGAUUUAUCUUGGAUACUAUCUUAUAUUCUUUUUUAUUUAUCUGUAUUGCAUGAUCAUUGCAUUAUUAAAAGGAGAUCCGAUCAAUAGGAAUGAAGCAGAUAUGAUUGAGACAAAUAUGUGAUAAUACUACCAAUAAUAUUUAAAUUUUGAUAUGCUUAAGUUUUUUAAGUUAGUUAGUCACUUUUGACUGUUUAUUUAUUUUUACGUCACCAAUGCCAAAUGGAACUUUGUUAAGAUGUGUAUAAAAAGAAAUUACACCGUACAAUCACGUUUAUUUGAAACUCAUAUCGUAUCUCUAAGAAUAGAGACUCCAUGACUACAAGACUUCCAAGAGUUUGUAGAGCAUUUUAUGUCAAUUCACGUGUAAUUAUGUAUUCAUAUUAUAGAUUGUAAGUGCGCGAAACGAACAUCAGUUUUGUAGUUACAAACGCCUAGACAACACAGAAAUUGUAAAAAAAAAAUUACAAACACGA